AGGGCGGCGAUGGAUACGCUAUAACGAGCCCGGCGGGGCGGCUACAAUGUAACCCGGGCGGUGGUGGUCAGGUAGGGUGCUAUGGAAUAUGACGAGAAGCUCGCCCGGUUCCGGCAGGUCCAUCUCAACCCCUUCAACAAGCAGCAGCAUGAGCAGGGGGCUGGCGAGGAGGCCCCGGACAUUACUUCUCAAGCACGCCUGCCUGAGCUGCCUCCCGGGGAGCCAGAGUCCCGCUGCCCAGAGCGUGUGAUGGAUCUUGGCCUGUCUGAGGACCACUUCGCUCGCCCCGUGGGCCUGUUCCUGGCCUCUGAUGUCCAGCAGCUGCGGCAGGCCAUCCAGGAGUGCAAGCAAGUCAUCCUGGACCUGCCAGAGCACUCGGAGAAGCAGAAGGACGCCGUGGUGAGACUCAUUCAUCUCCGGCUGAAGCUGCAGGAGCUGAAGGACCCCAGUGAGGAUGAGCCCAACAUUCGAGUCCUUCUUGAGCACCGCUUCUACAAGGAGAAGAGCAAGAGUGUGAAGCAGACAUGUGACAAGUGUAACACAGUCAUCUGGGGCCUCAUUCAGACCUGGUACACCUGCACAGGGUGUUAUUACCGCUGUCACAGCAAGUGUUUGAACCUCAUCUCCAAGCCCUGUGUGCGGUCCAAAGUCAGCCACCAGGCCGAGUAUGAGCUGAACAUCUGCCCUGAGGCAGGCCUGGACAGCCAGGAUUACCGCUGUGCUGAAUGCCGAGCACCCAUCUCUCUGCGGGGCGUGCCCAGCGAGGCCCGGCAGUGCGACUACACUGGCCAGUACUACUGCAGCCACUGCCACUGGAACGAUCUGGCUGUCAUCCCAGCGCGUGUGGUGCACAACUGGGACUUCGAGCCGCGCAAGGUGUCCCGUGGCAGCAUGCGCUACCUGGCGCUGAUGAUGUCGAGGCCAGUGCUCCGGCUCCGGGAGAUCAAUCCUCUGCUGUUCAACUAUGUGGAGGAGCUAGUAGAGAUCCGGAAGCUGCGCCAGGAUAUCUUGCUCAUGAAGCCAUAUUUUAUCACCUGCAGGGAGGCCAUGGCAGCGCGCCUGCUCCUGCAGCUCCAGGACCGGCAGCACUUUGUGGAGAACGAUGAGAUGUACUCGGUGCAGGACCUGCUGGACACGCACACGGGCCGGCUGGGCUGCUCUCUGGCUGAGACCCACACGCUGUUUGCCAAGCACAUCAAACUGGACUGUGAGCGGUGCCAGGCCAAGGGCUUUGUGUGCGAGCUCUGCCGGGAGGGAGAUGUGCUGUUCCCCUUUGACAGCCACACGUCCGUGUGCGCCGACUGCUCUGCCGUCUUCCACAGGGACUGCUACUACGACAAUUCCACCACGUGCCCUAGGUGUGCGCGCCUCACUCUGCGGAAGCAGUCGCUCUUCCGGGAGCCUGGUCCAGACCUGGACGCCUGAGCAAUGGAAGCCCUUCUAGGCCUGUCUGUCCUGCUGGCCGUUGCCACAGUCAACAUGUUUCCUGUACUGUGGAGACCUAGGGUCUGGCCCCUGGACCCCGCCACUGCUGAGCCAGCACCACCAGGACCACCGUCCCCCGGCUCGUGUUGGGGCUUGAAGUGUCUGUUUUUUGGUUUGGCUGCUGUGAGGGCCAGGAUGUACACCCUUCCUCCACUGCAGAGCUUUGAGGGUCAGGUGGGGGGAGCAUCCCUCACCUCCCCUUUGGUCAAGAGCCCCCCACCCUACCCUGCCCACCUUGGGAGCAAGGCUGCUGGGCCCUGGCUAUCCUGGAAAUCCUGGAAGUCUUCCGGGAGUGCCGACAAGACUGAGGAUGCAGUCUUAGCCUGACUUUUGCCUGUGGUGGAUGGUGUGGGUUCUACUUGGAGGCCCCUCCCCCAGCCCCUGGCCUCUUUGAGGUCCCCUGGUUGUCCCUGGCUGGGGCUGUGUUCAUCACUAUCUCCCAAGGGCCCUGCCCCUGCCCCCGGGUUCUCUCUCUGGGGCCUUCGCCAGUAGGAUCAUUCCAGGGGCUGCUGGCUGCCGUGGAGAUCUCACCUCCUAACCGCCCCUGCCUUGGCCCAGCCCAGCUCACUCUGGUGCUUCAUGCUGCGUGGCUGAGGGAGUCCCACCCAGUGAGGAAGUGUGCUUCCAGGUAUUGGGCAAGACCGUGCCCCUGGCAGGUCAAGGUUAGGUGAGAGGGCUAGGGGACAGUAGACCUGGACCGAGUGUGCCUAUGGAGGACUCCGGAUCACUCAGAGACCCCCCCAACCGGGGCCUUAUGUUUGGGGAACUGAGAUCAGGCACUGGAAAUACUUGCUCAGGGGAGCACCAGGCAGGACUCAUGAGGUGUGGGAGGUCCUGCCACCAGCAGGCAGAGGGAGCCGGGCAUGGAGGACUGACCCAGUGGGGAAGAUGCAUUUGUGGGGACCAUCCAGGGGAAGGCUGCCCUGGCCUUGCUGGCCUUCUUCUUGCCCUGGAUUGUGCUUGGCUGUUGACACCUGGGGCUGACACACACAUGUGGUGGCUGGUGGGCGGGAGGCUGUCACCUGGACAUCCAUCACCUUUGACUGGGAAGCGCAAGGAGAGGCUUGGCCAACAGGGAGGCCAGCUGAGCCAAUGUGGGGGGUGGGUAAGGACAGUGCCAACCCCUCCAUGCCCCUUUGCACCCCAGGGAAGCCCUGCCCAGGGACUUUAGGCCACCCUCUGACUGUGCUGGGCUGUUCAGAAUGUCAGUGUGGGGGGCUGGUCCAGAUGGGGCCACCCUGCUUCCCAUUUUUGGGUCUAGGGGGUUAAAGGCUGAGCACCCUCUUCCUACACCUCAGAUCUGUACGUCUCACUGUGGCAUCACAUUUCUGUCCCAGGGAUCCUGGCUUCUCCCAAAUGGACUCUGUAAUCAGCAUCGUGUUAUUCCAGUUACAGUCACUGUGUCCGUAAGAAAUGUCAGUAGCCAUUUGUUGGGCAAGGUUGACUCUUUUUUUUUAAACUUCCUCCCACAUCACGUCUUCUCCUCCUCCCCCUUCUGGGUGACAGAGUCUUUAAACGGAAUCGUGUAGGUCUUUCUGAGACCACAUCACAGAACCCAGAGGAACCAGUUAGUAUGGGCAGGCCUCCCAGGAGAGCUGUGUGGGCUGGGUGCUGUGGACACAGCAGGGUUUGCUGCAGGGUUAGUCAGAGCCCACAGGCCCCUCCCACAGGGUCAGGUGUAAAUGGGGCACCUGACCUUGGCCUCAGUGUGCUGACACCUCUGUAGGCUGCACUAAAGCACACCCUGUGGGGUUUUUUGGGUUCCAGGAAGUGCUGAGCCCAGUCUGGCUCUGUAACAGAACCUAUGUCUUCUCUCCUGAGUCCUCCCAGAGGGAGGACUGUCAUGUUAAUUCAGUGUAAGCAGUGCCGGCCCAGGUCUAGCUCCCAGAAGCACCUCUGGUCUUCAAGUUUGACUCACUGAAAGGGCCCUUGGAGCUCAGGAGAACCCGAGACCCCCUCCCAAAUGACAUUCAAACCUCUGUGUAUGUACAUUUCUCUCUGGAGAUACGACCUCUGGUUUUGAGGAUGAUCUCAAAGAAACAUCAGGAGUGUGCGACACAAGGGGUGGGGGAAGGGUGUGUGUGGGCUGUCUGUGGGCCCACGCUGGCGCCUCCACAUCAAACAACUAAAGCCACACUUUGGUAUCAGAGGGAGCAUGCAGUCUCCACCCACCCACUUCAGGUAUGAGGAUGAGUUUUUCUUAAACUUUUAAUUUUAACAGCUGUAGGUUUACAGAAGUGCUGCAAACACAUUCCCAGGUACCCAUCUCCUGGAUUCCGUGAAUGUUAACAUUUUCCCCAUUUUGCCUUACUCUUUCUCCACACACUUUCUUUUGAACCAUCUGGUGGAAGUUGCAGAUGGUGCCCCUUUGCCUCUAAGUGCUCCUGUGUUACCCCAGCAAGGACAUGCCUCCCACAGCUACGGCGUAGUCAUGACAUCAGGAUGCUCACGUGGAUGCCGACCAUAAAGCCUACAGCAAGCGUGUUCAGA